AACACCAAAAAGACUAAAUACUGAACGACGGUGUUGCUAACAGAAGCGCUGUAACAGCGAAGCACCAAACACAGUAACAUUCUUUUGCCUACUGAAAAAGAAAAAAAACAAAAACAAAAAAAUGACUGUUGAGAACAAUCUUCCUAAAGUUUCUGUGCUGUUUGUUUGUCUGGGAAAUUACUGCAGAAGUCCUAUGGCUCAUGCUGUGUUUCAAGAGGAAGUUAGAAAACAGGGAUUAGAACACUUAUUUGAUACCAUUGAUAGUGCAGGCACGGGUCACUGGCAUGUAGGUUCCACUCCAGAUUCUCGGACGAUGCAAACUCUGCAUAGCCAUGGAGUUAAGUUUCAUCACAUUGGUCGUAAACUGAGAAAAAUUGACUUUGACCAAUUCGACUAUAUUUUUGGCAUGGAUCAUAGUAACAUUCGAAACAUUGAGAAGGUUCGGCCAAAGGAUUCUAAAGCUAGGGUUUUACUUUUUGGAGAAUAUCGAAGCCCUGGUGUUCAACGCAUUGUCGACGAUCCUUACUAUGGCGGCGACCAAGGUUUUGAAAUCUGCUAUCAACAAUUGAUAGACUUUAGUAAGAACUUCUUGGAGUCACUGAAAUAGAAAGUCGGAAAAACGAAUUUGACGAUUUUUUUGGAUAAAUCAAGUGGAAUGCUAAGAUUCAAUUGCAACAAAUUAACAUGAUACCAUUAGGUAUGGCUUUUUUCUUGUUUAUCCUCGUUCUCUGUGCACCAAUUCAUUGGAAUUGUGCUACAAAACUGUCGGUUGUAAUAAACAAGACCUCUGCUUGUUUCAAUGGGAUAUUGACCUCGUUCCACCAAGUGUACACCAGCAAUGUAAAUUCGGUGAUCGUCAACGUCCAAUGAUCGUAUUACAUGACAAUGAAGAAGAUGUAAGGUGUGGGCAAGGCAAGGGAUACCAUUCUCAUUGCGCUUCGUUUUAAGACGCAGAAAGCGAUCGCGUUCAGUUUCGCUCGUGACGAUGGACGAUGUGGAGGGACCGCCACCUACGUCAGAUUCCAAACGUCUCUGUUUUGUCGCAUCACGAGCGCGUUGAGGAGAAGUCUCAUGUCUGUUUGAUGCUUUUGGGGUUAUUUGGCUGGGCUUUGACAGCAAUUGAGCCCAUUGUGCAUGCGUAAUUUGGCAACCCGAAAGCGUGUGCGCCACCAGUUGCUUGGAAUAGUCAAUUGCACUGGCCGUAUGCGAGGGGAGUCUAACGUUGAAGGAAACGACGGGCUCUGAGGAGGAAAGAGAUACGGCGCAAAAUGAUGACACAGUCAUGCCGCUCGUUCGGCCGUUGGAGUCUACGCUGGUAACAAUCACAACAGGUUGUGGAUACCGCUGCAUUGCCGCUCGAAAAUCAUUCUGAAUAGAGGACGACGAAUAGCAACACUGGAUGCGGAAAGUUUUCAAUCGGCCAGCGUCGACACCAGGAGCCGACGUUCUAAUGGCAUUGUCAAGAAAACAUGACCACUUAGGCAAUUGAAGCCUUCGAAAAGCACGGCUUAUUCCAAUGGGGAGCCCGCUCAUUCAAUCCGUCUAGAUAAAGUUAAUGGGAACUCCGAGCAGUGUCGCUGACGAAGCUCAUUCCGCUGCAAUUUCCUGGCGUAGUGUUCAGAGCACCUAGUGUAAACAUACAUGAGACACCGUGAUACUAAGCAACUAAAAGGAAAUUCCAUACUCCCACAACGCCUUCCCGCCGUAUCAUUCAAACACAACAGCCCCCCUAUUCAUCUGCAGCUGAAAGAAAGAGCUUUGCGUGAAUGAUUCAACUAAAACCCCACAUCUUUUACCCCUUCGGCAGAAUCCCCUAACGCAACAAAAAAUUCAGCAACCAAAAAAAACUCCAAAAUUGCAGUGCAGAAAGCACCUACCAAAAAGUCUAUCUAAGCAAACACUAACAGAUAGGCACCAAGACGCUCGGGAGUCGUUGGAACCGCUCCUCCUUUAAACACAGAAACUACCUCAUAUAUACCUGUGAUAACGCGUACGUCAUGGUGAUGUCGCGGCCGUAUCGCACUUUUGUUGAACCCCUCUUUAACAAAAAUGGACAAAAAAACCUUAAUAAAAAACGCGUGCUUUGCUUAUCGUGCAGAAAAAGCAAUCCAUUUGUCGCUGGUAGUGGACAGAGAAGAAAAUGCGGCUAAUUAUAUGUGUCACUUGGUGUAGCUCAAUC